CAGGCUAAUCUUGCUCCACGGUCCACCGGGAACCGGUAAGACCAGCCUCUGCAAGGCCCUUGCCCAAAAGCUUGCCGUCCGAAUGAGCGAAGACUACAACCAUGCCCACCUGGUGGAAAUCAACAGCCACAGUCUGUUCUCCAAAUGGUUCUCCGAGAGUGGAAAGCUCGUCCAGAAAGUGUUCGACCAGAUUCACAACCUGUGCCAGGAUCGAACGUCGCUGGUGUGCGUUCUGGUCGACGAGGUCGAAUCGAUCGCCUUCGCGCGGGACGCCAUCUCCAACAACGAACCCAGCGAUAGCAUCCGAGUGGUUAACGCCGUGCUGACCCAGCUGGAUCGUAUCCGGAAGUACCCGAACGUGUUUGUCCUGGCCACGUCCAAUCUAACCGGUAGAAUCGAUCUGGCCUUCCUGGAUCGUGCGGAUAUUGUGCAGUACAUUGGGAACCCCAGCCUGCCGGCCAUCUACGAGAUCUACCGGUCGACGCUGAAGAAUCUGCAAGACGUUGGCAUCGUGACCGAUCCGGACGAGCUCCCGCCGCUUGCGCAAUCCGAGGCAAGUGUAGUGAGCAAAAACCUGAAAUCGUUGGCCGAACUGAGCGUGGGUAUGAGCGGACGCAGCCUGCGGAAGGUUCCCUUCUUGGCGCAUGCGUUAUUCGUAAAACAGGAACAGACGACAUUGCUAAAGUUUCUGGGAGCCAUGAGGAGCACGGUUCGGAAAGUUAAGAACGACAGGAAGAUGCUCAAGGAGAAGAUCGCAGUGUCCGGAAGAGCUUCGGCCGGAGAAGAUUCGGGAAAUUUCGAAGGAAGCGUGAUGAACGGUGGGUCUAGUGAGUAUCAAGAGUCUUUGGGUCCUCUGCAUUAAGUGUGUUUGUCGUUGUGGGGCUAGUAUAAUCAAUUGAUAGGUUGUAAAUAAUUUCUAAUAUGUUUGUGAGAAUGUAAGAUUAUGAAAUAAACUAAAUGUGUACCUAUUAAUCUCGUUUCUAGCCUUUUUUCGAACACUAAAA